AUGCCUCUCGACAAGUUCGACGGCCUGGAGCUGCCCGCUGCGGCCGACAUGCACGUCCACUUGCGCGACAACGCAAUGAUGGAGACCGUCACGCCCACCAUUCGGCAAGGAGGCGUGAACACCGUCUACGUCAUGCCCAACCUCGUGCCCCCGCUCACCACCGUCGACGCCGCGCUCGCCUACCGCGCCCGCCUGCAAGCCGUCGAGCCCAACGUCACCUUCCUCUCAUCGCUCUAUCUCCACCCGGACAUCACGCCCGACACCAUCAUCACCGCCAAGAAGGCCGGCAUCACAGGCGUGAAGUCGUACCCAGCAGGCGUGACGACCAACUCGGCCGCCGGCGUCGUCGACUACGCAGCCUUCUACCCCGUCUUCGCCGAGAUGGAGCGGCAAGACAUAGUACUCAACCUGCACGGCGAACUGCCUCCUUCAGCAUCGGCAGCAGACGCAGAAGACAUCACGGUGCUCAACGCCGAGGAGCGCUUCCUACCGACGCUGCACGAGCUGCACGCGCGCUUCCCCGCGCUGCGCAUCAUCCUGGAGCACUGCACGUCAGCCGCGGCCGUCGCCGCCGUCGUCCGCUGCGGCCCCUCGGUCGCCGCGACCAUCACCGCACACCACCUCUACCUCACCGUCGACGACGUCGUCGGCAACGCUUUCCAUUUCUGCAAGCCCGUCGCCAAGCUGCCCGCCGACCGCCUCGCGCUGCUGCGCGCCGCCGCCACACAAGACGGAGGCAAAGGCAAGUUCUUCUUCGGCACAGACAGCGCGCCGCAUCCGGUUGCAGCCAAGGCGGGACCCGGCGCCGCUGCGGGGGUGUUUACGCAGCCGUAUGCCGUGCAGUUGGUGCUGGAUGCGUUUGAGGCGGCGGUGGCGAAGGGGUGGUUGGGCGAGGACGAGGUCACGGCGGAGGGGUUGGAGGGCUUUUUGAGCGGCUAUGGGAGGGCGUUUUACAAGGUGGGCGACGAGCGUGGCGAGCGCAUCGUGUUGAGGAGGAAGGGGGAGAAGGUCGUCGACGUUGUGAGGCAUGAGGGGGGCGAGGUGGAGGUCGUGCCGUUCAGGAAGGGGCAGAAUACGUGGAGUGUCGAGUGGAAAUAG